UAACCCCGCCCCCUCCUCCGGGCAGCGGGAUCAGUGGAAGCUGGCAGCCCGACAAGGAGCACCAAGACGCCGCCUUCCUCCUAACUCGGACCCCGCGGCUGCUUCACCAGUUCCGGGGCGGAGGGAGGGAAACCGUCCGCCGUCACACCUCCGCAGCCUCGCAGCGUCGCAUGAGAGACACAACAGUUUGUCCCUCAAGGACCCUUCCUGCUGAUCCCUCCCCAGUGACGAGGACCCUGGUCAGGAUGUCAUGGCGUCCUCAGUACCGCAGCUCCAAGUUCCGCCACGUGUUUGGGAAAGCCGCCACCAAGGAGAACUGCUUCGACGGCGUGCCCAUCACACGCAGCGUCCAGGACAACACCUUCUGCGCCGUCAACCCUCAGUUCCUGGCCGUCAUCACCGAGUGCGCCGGCGGAGGGGCCUUCCUGGUCCUGACCAUCCAUCAUACGGGUAAAGUUGACCCUCACCACCCUCGAGUGACGGGCCACAGAGGCAACGUGUUAGACAUCAAAUGGAAUCCCUUCAACGACUACUGCAUCGCCUCCUGCUCCGAAGACACCACGGUGAAGGUGUGGGAGAUCCCCGCUCACGGCGUACGGAAGAACCUGACCGUACCUUGGAAGGAGCUCCAGGGUCACAGUCGCAGGGUGGGCCUGGUUGAGUGGCACCCCACCGCCAACAACAUCCUCUUCAGCACGGCCUACGACUACAAGGUCAUGAUCUGGAACCUGGACUGUCCCGAGCAGGUGAUCAAGAACCCCGUGAGGACCCUCAGCCAGCACUCAGACGUGGUCCUGUCCAUGUCAUUCAACGCGGACGGCAGCGUCUUGGCCACCGCCUGCAAAGACAGGAAGUUGCGACUCCUGGAGCCGCGCUCUGGAACCUUGCUGCAGGAGGUCAAGUGUAAGACGCACAAGGCCAGCAAGGUCAUCGUCCUUUGCAACGUGAAGAAGCUGCUCACGUCAGGCACGUCCAGGUGGAACGACCGACAGAUAGCUCUCUGGGAUUUGGACGAUCUGUCAGUGCCUUUGGUAGAGGAGAACCUUGAUGGUUCGUCGGGGGUCCUCUUCCCUUUCUACGACCCCGACACGCACAUGCUGUACCUGGCUGGAAAGGGUGACGGGAACAUCAAGUACUACGAGAUCAGCUCGGAGAAGCCCUACCUUCACUACCUGACGGAUUACCGCUCCAAUUUACCUCAGAAAGGGAUGGGUGUGAUGCCAAAGAGAGGCCUGGACGUGAGCUCCUGCGAAGUGUUCCGCUUCUACAAGCUGGUGACCAUCAAGAGUCUGAUCGAGCCGCUGUCCAUGAUCGUGCCUCGCAGGUCCGAGUCUUACCAAGAGGACCUUUAUCCCAUGACGGCGGGCGACAAGGCGGCUCUGACUGCUGACGAGUGGCUCAGCGGCGUGGACAAAGGCCCGCUGCUGAUGUCCUUGAAGCCGGGGCACCGAGUGGACGAGUCUUACGCCGACAUGACCAAAGGCUUCAAUCGGUCUCAGGGACGACCCGGAUCUUACAUCCAGGACCAGCUGGGCGCCAAAGACAACAGCGAGCACGACUACGAGCUGACGGCAGACGGGAGGAGUCGGACGCCUGUGAGCAACGGCGAGGAUCCGCUCUGCUCGCCGCCCAAGACGGAAAGUGAGCUCCGUCUGAAAUUCCACAAGCAGCAGGAUGAAAUCCGGCGACUGCGAGAGUUGGUCAACCAGAGAGACGUGCGCAUCAAGCAGCUGGAGCUGGAGAUCAAGAACGUCAAAAACUCUCCUAAUUCACUUUAAGACUUUUUUUCUGGCAAACCUCCUUGCUGUUUAAAUACAAGCACACUCUUCCUGUAGUCGAGGUGCACAUUCUGUGGGUGUAAAUAUGACACACGCUUUGUUCUGGGUUUUUUUUUUAAUAUCACAGCUAUGCAACUUGGUAGCUUUUUUUUACAACAAGAAAACACGGGUGCUGUCCUAAAUCCUGAAUGCUGUCUGCCCGCUUUUCAAGAAAAAUUAUUUUGUAUAUUUAAUCCUGUUUUUUUGGGCGAUUUUUUUCCACCUUUAAUAUUGACGUUUGAUUGAAAGUUUAGUAAAUCCCAGGUUUUCAAAGUGUGGCGCAAGUACAGUAUAGUCAGUGUAUUUGGUUUUAAGUCACAAAAAACAAUAGUUUGUCUUUGACUUGAAGUCAAGUGCUCCCACGCCUCACACUUUGACAACUUCUAAAGGAAAUUAUUUUAGAAAAAAAAAGAAAAAUCACCGUGCUUUUAUUCCUGGUUUUUUUUACUGGAUUUUUUUUUUUUUUUUUACAUCAAAACUGAAUUGCAACUUUUGUACAUGCCAAGGUCAAUCAUUUGCUUGUCUAUGGAAGCCUGUUUCUGCCACGAAACAAAAACAGAACCCAAUGGUCAGUCGUAAUUAUGAGAUUAAAAAGUGGAAAUUAUGAGAUAUAAAAUCGAAAUUAUGAGAUAAAGUCAUAUUAAUGAGAUAAAAAGUAAAUAUUAUGAGAUGGUUAUACCUGAAAUAAGUCAAAAUUAUGAAAUAAAAAGUUAUAAUUAUGAAAUAGAUAAAAGGCGAAAUGAUGAGAUAGAAAGCCUUAAUGAGAUAAAAUGUAAUUAUGAGAUACUAAGUCAAAAUUAUGAUUUAAAAAAUGUAAUUUGUAUCUCAUAAUUUUGACUUUUUAUAUCAUAAUUAUGACUUAACUGAAAUUUUCGAUUUUUUUAAAGUCCCAAUUUCCACAUUUUUUAAAUGAUUUGGAUUUUGCUUCAAAUUUACUUUUUACCUCAUAAUUAAAAUUUAUAUAAUUUCGAAUUUUAUCUCAAUGUAUUUUUAUGUCAUUUUUUUUUUCUUAAAAUUUCGAUUUUUUUAAAUCUUAUAAUUAUGACUUCAUAUCAGAAUUUCCACUUUAUGUAAUGGUAUUUAUGUCACGAUUUAAAUGUAUCUAAUGAUUUAAUUGACUUAUCUCAUAAUUUCAAUCUUUUUAUCAUAUGACUUUCUCUCUCCUAAUGUCGCUUUAUCUCAUGUCAAAUUGUAUCUCAUAAUGGAUUUUUAUGUCAUAAUUAGGACUUUUUAUCUCUUUCCAACUUUAUCUCAUAAUGUUGACUUGUCGUAAUUUCAAAAUUUUUUUAAUCAUGACUUUUUAAUUCAAUUUGGAUUUAUCAUUUCGACUUUUAUCUCAUGAAUGUGGUAUUUAUGCCAUAUUUACGAAUCUCAAAAUGAUGACUUUAUCUCACAAUUUCGACUUUAUUUCAUAAUUUCGAUUUAUCACAUAAUUUCGAAUUUCAUCCCAUAAUUGUGGCUUGUUGUCUCAUAAUUCAGACUUUUAAUCUUUUAAUUAAGACUUGUUAUCUCAUAAGUAUGACUUACCAUUGGGGUAUUUAUUUUAGUGGUGUGGGGGAGGGAUAUCCGGAACUUGCUGCACUCAACUUGUUUCUUUUGAGUCACUAUAAAAUAUAUAUAUGUAUUCCAAAGCCGUAGUGAGAAGAUUCCUGUUCAAUUCCCUUUUUUUGCCUUUGUCUUAAUUUUGUGUCUAAUUUCGCAUUCAUCAGGUCAUUGUGAUCUCAGGGCAUGGACUGUUUGGUUUGUCUUAGAAUUUGUCAGUCCUAAUUUAAUUCAUUUUCAACAUGCAUUAUCUAAUGCAGGGGUGUCAAACGUACGGCCCGCGGGCCAGAUCAGGCCCCUGUAAAGGUUUUAUCCGACCCGCGGGAUAAAUUUGCGAAGUAUAAAAAUGAGCCGAAAUUUUUGAAUGAAAGAAACUGCUGUUCUACAUGUGUCCACUAGAUGUCACAAUAACAAUUCUUUGUAUUUUUGUCGAUGAUGCUAAAUAUGUAAAAAAAAAUAAAAAAACACGUUAGUGCACCAGUCGAGGAAAAUAAUCAAACUACAUAAAUAACAAUCUGUAAUUUGAUUUUGAUAGUUUUUUUAUCUUGAUGGAUUGAAAAUUAACACCAAUGAGUUGACUGAUGUACAUUAUCACAUAAUUUAAUCAGAAAGUAUAAAUAAUGACAAAAAAAGAUAGAAUACUAUUAAACGCAACAUGUAAGUGCAAAAAAAAUAGCAACAACAUUAUGAUUUGUACAUUUUCUUGUUCUAUUUUUAAACAAAGAUAACAAUCACAAGUUGUCUUUAUGUUUAAGUUAUCGUGCCGUUAUUUUACCAGUCCGUCCCACUUCUUGGGAUUACGUUUUUUUUUUAUCCACGUGGACCCCCUUUUCUAAAAUGAGUUUGACGCCCCUGAUCUAAUGUAUUUCACACUGUGUCAGCGCCAGUUAAAAGCUUGAAAUUAUCAACCUUUUCCAGUUUUUAAAGAGAAUUUGUUUGGUGGAAAAAAAAUUCCGUGGUGUGUUGGGGUUUCCGAGCUUGCGUAUGCGUCACUGAACGCCCCACGUAAGAAUACGUCACAUCGCGGGAGUGACACGUCAGACUCAUGGCGACCGUCUUGAGACGAAAGAGGCAAAAUGUUGCUUUUUUUUUCAACAGGGAAAUGUAUUAAUAGUGUAUUUUUCGACGCAAAAGUGAAAUAACAGUGACUACGUUUGUUGUGAGACGCUGUUUGCGUUGAAAACGUCAAUAUUCAGUGUAAUACGUUUCAAAAUGAGCGUGUCGAAAGGACAAACUGGUGGUUUGACGUCAAUGUUAUACUUUCUAAAAUUACAUACUUGAAUUAAAUGUUUUAUUUUUUAAUAAAUAUUUACUUAGGUGCGUUUUGUAUUAAAUGUGUCUUCUGAAGGCAGGCUAGUUUGCGUGUGUAGAAACCGCCAUAUUUGCUUCCUUUUUUGAGAGUAGAUACUAUUAACAUUUAAAUUUAAGCUUAAAAAGGUGAUCAACUUCGAUGAAUUGAGUUUCUAGCUUAAGGGCAAUUUAAAAAUUGAACCAAAAUCGGGGAAAAUCUUACCUUGCCGUACAUCCAUCCAUCCAUCCAUCUUCUUCGGCUUAUCCGAGGUCGGGUCGCGGGGGCAGCAGCCUAAGCAGGGAAGCCCAGACUUCCCUCUCCCCAGCCACUUCCGUCUAGCUCUUCCCGGGGGAUCCCGAGGCAUUCCCAGGCCAGCCGGGAGACAUAGUCUUCCCAGCGUGUCCUGGGUCUUCCCCAUGGCCUCCUACCGGUUGGACGUACCCUAAACACCUCCCUAGGGAGGCGUUAGGGUGGCAUCCUGACCAGAUGCCAGAACCACCUCAUCUGGCUCCUCUCCAUGUGGAGGAACAGCGGCUUUACUUUGAGUUCCUCCCGGAUGACAGAGCUCUCACCCUAUCUCUAAGGGAGAGACCCGCCACACGGCAUACAUGCUUACUCAUAAUCAGACUAGUUUCUUUUUGCAGUUGCAUGGUUCUCUCCUUUAAAGGCCUACUGAAAUUUUAAAACUGGGAUAGCAGGUCCAUUCUAUGUGUCAUACUUGAUCAUUUCGCGACAUUGCCAUAUUUUUGCUGAAAAGAUUUAGUAGAGAACAUCAACAAUAAAGUUCAACUUUUGGUCGCUAAUAAAAAAAAGCCUUGCCUGUAUCGGAAGUAGCAGACAAUGUGCGCGUGACGUCACGGGUUGUGGAGCUGCUUACAUCCUCACAUUGUUUACAAUCAUGGAAACCAGCAGCGAGAGUGAUUUGGACCGAGAAAGCGACAAUUUCCCCAUUAAUUUGAGCGAGGAUGAGAGAUUCGUGGAUGAGGAAAGUUAGAGUGAAGCACUAAAAAAAAGAAAAGGCCACGGCUCCAGGCGACGGCAGUGUGAGCGAUUCAGAUGUUAUUAGACACAUUUACUAGGAUAAUUCUGAAAAAUCCCUUAUCAUCUUAUUGUGUUACUAGUGUUUUAGUGAGGUUAUAAAGUCAUACCUGAAAGUCGGAGGGGUGUGGUGACCGCCAGUGUCUCUGAUGGAAGCCAUGGAGGAGCCAAGAUAACAGAUGCCUUUUUGACAGCUACAGGAGGAGGUCGCAUAAUCCACUCAUGUCUACGGUAAGAGCCGACUUAAUGUCACAAUUUUCCCAUCCAAAAACUUGCUUGUUGACUUAGAGAAACAUGUUUGCUUCACCGCUUUGUGUUAAAGCUUCACAACAAACAAAGAAACACCUGCUGUAUUUCGGUGUUAAAGGCAGCUGCAAACCACCGCUUUCCACCAACAGCAUUUUUCUUUGACGUCUCCAUUAUUAUUUGAACAAAUUGCAAAAGAAUCAGCAACACAGAUGUCCAAAUUACUGUGUGAUUAUGCGAUGAAAAGAGACGACAUUUAGCCCUAAGUGGUGCUGGGCUAAUAUAUCCGCUACAACCCGAGACAUCACAAACACGCGUCAUCACUCCGCAACGUUUUCAAAAAGAAAUUGCGGGAAAUUUUAAAUUGUAUUUAAGUAAACUAAAGCGGCCGUAUUGGCAUGUGUUGCAAUGUUAAUAUUUCAUCAUUGAUAUAUAAACUAUCAGACUGCGUGGUGGCUAGUAGGGGGUUAAGGCCUAUUGAAAUGAGAUGUUCUUAUUUAAACGGGGAUAGCAGUUCCAUUCUAUGUGUCAUACUUGAUCAUUUCGCGAUAUUGCCAUAUUUUUGCUGAAAGGAUUUAGUAGAGAACAUCCACGAUAAAGUUCGCAACUUUUGGUCGCUAAUAAAAAAGCCUUGCCUGUACCGGAAGUAGCAGACUAUGUGCGCGUGACGUCACGGGUUGUAGAGCUCCUCACAUCCGCACAUUGUUUAUAAUCAUGGCCACCAGCAGCUAGAGCAAUUCGGACCGAGAAGGAGACAAUUUCCCCAUUAAUUUGAGCGAGGAUGAAAGAUUCGUGGAUGAGGAGAGGGAAGGACUAUAAGAAGAAAAAAAAGACGAGGGCAGUGGGAGCGAUUCAGAUGUUAUUAGACACAUUUACUAGGAUAAUUCUGGAAAAUCCCUUAUCUGCUUAUUGUGUUACUAGUGUUUUAGUGAGAUUAUAUGGUCGUACCUUAAAGUCGGAGGGGUGUGGCCACGGGUGUGGUGACCGCCAGUGUCUCUGAGGGAAGCCACGGGGGAGGCAAGAGAGUCGCAGCUGCCUCUUUUUACAUGAGGAACGACGCAAGCUCCGCUCAUGUCUACGGUAAGAGCCCACUUAUUACCACAAUUUUCUCACCGAAACCUGCCGGUUGACAUGUGGUCGGUGUUGUUAUUAGCUAUAUAUGAGAAGUAUUAUAGACUAAUCUGGAUUAUUACUGAAGAUAGGAAACUCUUAAUUCUCAGUUUAGCCCGGGAGCUCUGUUUAUUUUACCUCUUAGUCAAACACCGGCAAUUCUUACCCGCACUUCCGGUUCGUGAAGCGCAACAUCCUGUUACAGCAGUAAGGAUACUUUCACAAUAAAGGUUUCAGCCGUAAACAAUACAUCUCCCUUCAACAAAAUAAGAUGUGUAUAUGGAUAAUCAAUGGCAUGCAGGCGGCCGGUUGGAGGAGGCAAGACGCAGGCUCUCCGCUCGUAACUACAGUAAGAGACUACUUAAUACCACCAUUUUCUCACCGAAACCUGCCGGUUGACAUGUGGUAGAGAACCAUGUUUGCUUGACCACUCUGUUCCAUAGUAAAACUUCACCGUCAGCUUUCAGGAAUGUAAACAAGGAAACAACGGCUGUGUUUGUGUUGCUAAAGGCAGCCGCAUUCACCGCUUCCCACCUACAUCUUUCCUCUUUGACGUCUCCAUUAUUAAUUGAACAAAUUGAAAAAGAUUCAGCAACACAGAUGUCCAGAAUACUGUGGAAUUAUGCAGUUAAAGCAGACGACUUAUAGCUGGGAUCGGUGCUGGAUCAAAAUGUCCGCUACAAUGCGUGACGUCAUACGGCGACGUUUUCAACCGGAUAUUUUGCGCGAAAUUUAAAAUUGCAAUUUAGUAAAAUAACCCGGCCGUAUUUGCAUGUGUUGCAAUGUUAAGAUUUCAUCAUUGAUUUACAAACUAUCAGACUGCGUGGUCUGUAGUAGUGGCUUUCAGUAGGUUUUCAAAACAACAGAGGAUGGGGGUAAAAAAACGCACUAAAUGUUAACAUUUUAUUUACAAACUUGUUUUAUUGUCAUACAGAAAGUAAAAAUGUAGCUACAACCUUGGAUUUGUGCAACAGGUGGCCACACCGAAACAAAAAAAGUAUGGCUCACUGGUUGCACAGCUGCUAUAGCAAUAAUUUUAUUGGGGGUAGGGUGGAUUGGGGGUGGGGAGUAAACGGAAAACAGACAAAAUAAUACAAAAAAAAAAACCUUUAAACCAAACAGCGACGACAAAAUGAGAAAUUUCCGCCAACAAAUUCAGGAAAAAGCACAGACCCAAAACUAGAACAGUCCCAAAGUCCUCACACGGAAUACAUAACGCGGGAUUUGACAGUGAAAAUGUGGAAUGCUAAGUGGUGGGCUGCCUGAGAACCUUGGGGCUGUUAGGGGCGAGGGGGGGCUUGUAA